CUUUUGUUAAUACCAAAGAACGUGGGUCUGUUUGAGGUGUUCAAACAAGUUUACCUUCUAAUUGUAUGAAACAUGUAUGAACGUUUUAAUUUGAAAUUAUUUACAUUUUAAAAUUGGUUCAUUUACAAAACAUAUAGCUUACAAUUUCAGAUCUUGAUUUCUGAAGUUAAAUAAAAUAAAUAAUCUUGAAAAUCAAGUUUUUGCUGCUUGGUAAAUGCUUUUAAAUCUAUAACCCCCUGAGUCUGCUGGUGAGGCAUUAGUAUAGUCCCAGCUUGAAGAAACUGGACUUUCAUAUAGUGGAGAAUGGCUUGUUCCAUUCUGUACAGGAGGACAGCCUGGCAAUUCCCUGGCAAUUCUUUGAAUUAAAUUCAAAUUUAAUUGAAUAAAUUCUCUCCUUCUAAAUAUAAAUGAACAAAGGCACCUCUGGUCCAGACAGAAAGUGAACUGACCCUGCUUGGGCAGGGGUUGGACUGGGUGAUCUGUAGAGACCCUUCUGGGCUAAAUGUUUCCGCUACAUCUUCAUGAUGUUAUGGGCAAUACUUGCUGUUAUUCUGCACUUUAAGGAUCUAAACUCCUUUCAGUUAUACUGAUGUUAAAUACAAGCUUAAAUACAAGCUUGUUAUGCACUUUUGCUCUACAGAAGAAGCUGCUUAAUUUUGUUCUGUUUCUACUCUGAAAAAGGAGGCAAUGUUGGGGAUCUCUCACUCUAGGGUAAGAGGAAACAAGCAGUGUAUGUCUCAUGCUUUUAGUACACACACCUGCACCAGCACCUGGGUUUUCUAACAGUAGCUAUGCACCAGGCAAUGAAGUCCCCAGUGGCUACCAGCAGCACAGAACUGGAAUUUACCAAGGUGUCCCAGGCACGGGGAGCUAUGGUUUCCAGGCACAGCCCAUGGGAGUCCCAGCUGGGUUUGCUGUUCCACCCAUCCAAAACCAGCCCACCAUGCAGCAGGGGACAAUGUGGAUGCCUGUCUCUCCUCCUCUUCCCAACUGCCCCCCUGGACUGGAAUACCUCACUCAGAUUGACCAGAUAUUAAUUCAUCAACAAACUGAACUUCUUGAGAUUUUGACUGGCUUUGAAACAAACAACAAAUAUGAAAUCAAGAACACGCUGGGGCAAAGAGUGUACUUUGCAGCAGAGGACAAUGACUGCUGUACCAGGAAUUGCUGUGGGCCAUCACGACCCUUCACCCUUCGGAUUUUAGACAACAUGGGCCAUGAGGUGAUAACACUGCAGAGACCUCUCCGGUGUUCUUCAUGCUGCUUUCCCUGCUGUUUACAGGAGCUGGAAGUUCAGGCACCUCCAGGAACAACAGUUGGUUACGUUGUCCAGAACUGGCAUAUCUGCUUGCCAAAGUUUACCAUUCAAGAUGAGAAAAGAAAGGAUAUAUUGGAAAUUAUCGGUCCAUGUGUUGUCUGCCGCUGUUGUGAGGACAUUAAUUUUGAGGUGAAGUCUCUGGAUGAGACUGCUACUGUUGGAAUGAUUUCUAAGCAGUGGACUGGGUUUGUGAAAGAAGCCUUUACAGAUGCAGAUAACUUUGGAGUCAAAUUCCCAAUGGACCUUGAUGUAAAAAUGAAAGCUGUCAUGAUCGGUGCUUGCUUCCUUAUCGACUUCAUGUUUUUUGAGCACGCUGGUGAUCAGUAACAGCGAACAGGAGUUUGGCAAUGAAAUCUAGAACUUUGAUGUAGAGGGAAGAACAGAAAUCUCCCAGCUUUCCAGUGGACUGCAGAGCUACCCUAAGUUUGUCAGAAAUAUACAUCUUGUGCUUGUAGUUAUAUUUCUAUAAACUAAAAGGUUCAUGGUAUUUUUAAUUUUCUUUGUAAUCUAACAAAAAAUUUGUAGUAUUCAAAUAAGAAGCCUUUGUCUGUAUGGAUCAAUACUGUAAUUUCUAGAAAUAGAAAGCAUUUUUUUCCUAAGAAAUUUGAAUGAUAAAAUAACUACCUAUAGAUACUUAAUUCCUAAAAAAGAUGAGUGCUCCUAUAUUCAAUAUUAAUAUAAGCACUGAACCUAAUAAAGAGGUCCUGCUCUUUUCCUUUGGUA